GAUUUCUACAGGAAGAAGGAAGGAUAGAGGGCUGGGCACACAAUCGAGUCACAAUGGAAUCUAGCUUCACUUCCAAAGACACAUAUCGCAGCCACUUUAAUCCUCGGGAUUACCUAGAAAAAUAUUACAACUUUGGGCCCAGACACUCUUCUGAAAACCAAAUUCUGAGGCAUCUUCUGAGAAGCCUUUAUAAGAUAUUCUGCUUGGGUGAUGUCAAAGGAGACCUCCUAAUUGACAUUGGCUCUGGCCCCACCAUCUAUCAGCUCCUCUCCGCUUGUCAGUCCUUCAAGGAGAUCAUAGUCACUGACUAUGUGGAUCAGAACCUACAGGAGCUGAAGAAAUGGUUAAAGAAGGAGCCAGGGGCCUUUGACUGGUCUCCAGUGGUGACCUAUGUGUGUGACCUGGAAGGGAGCAGAGUGGAGAGCUGGGAGAAGGAGGAGAAGUUGAGGCAGGCGGUCAAGCACGUGCUGAAGUGUGACGUGACCCAGAGCCAGCCUCUGGGUGGGGUCCCCGUGCCCCUGGCUGACUGCCUGCUCAGCUCCCUGUGCCUGGAUGCGGCCUGUCCAGACAUCCCGGCCUACCGCCGAGCCCUCGAGAACCUCAGCAGCCUGCUCAAGCCCGGGGGCUUCCUGGUGAUCGUGGAUGCUCUGAAGAGCAGCUACUACAUGGUUGGGGAGCAGAGAUUCUCCAGCCUGUCCCUGAGCCGGGAGGCAGUGAGGGCCGCUGUGGAAGAGGCUGGCUACACCAUCGAGCAGUUUGAAGUCAUCCCUCAAAGUUAUUCCUCCACCGUGGCUGACAACGAAGGACUUUUCUUCCUGGUGGGGCGGAAGCUGGGCAGAUCUGAUGACAUGGUCUGAUUACCAUUAAAGCCAUCCUUGAUGUGCUGGUGGA